AUGGAAACAGCUGCCUCUGCGAUCACCUUCGCCAUUUCCUCCACCAAGCCCCAAGCCCAAGCCCAAGCCCAAGCCCGAUACCAACUCCUAAACCGACCCGCCAAUCCAUUCACCCUCCCCUCCCAGGGCCUGGUCCACCGCGCCCCCGCGCGCCUCCCCUCCAUCCGCGCGGCGAUUCCCCGGACGAAGAAAGAGGAAACUGUGGAGACGGUGCGGGAACAGUUGGAAAACUGCUACCUCCUGGCCGGCAUCAACUACAAGGGGUUCACAGUGAAGCAGUUCCAGGAGCUUCGGAAGACGCUCCCGGAGAUCACAAAGCUGAUCGUGGCGAAGAACACGCUGGUGUACAAGGCCGUGGAGGGGACCCCCUGGGAGACGCUCAAGCCCUGCAUGAAGGGCAUGAACGUCUGGCUCUUCGUCCACACCGAGGAGAUCCCUUCCGCCAUCAAACCCUACAGGGACUUCCAGAAGGAGAAGAAGCUCGAGGACAACGACUUCACCGGCGCCGUUUUCGAGGGCAAGUUUUACGGCCCCGACGAGUUUAAGAAGCUUGAGACUUUACCCACGCGCGCCCAAAUUUAUGCCACUCUUUUGGGGGCUCUCCAGAGCCCUGCUUCUGCUCUCGUCGGAACCCUUCAGGCUCCUGCUAGAGAACUUCUAAUGACUCUCAAGGCUCAUGUUAAGAACCUUGAAGAACAACAAGGUGUUGCGCAAUAG